GCAUCAGCUGCGCACCGCAGCAGUGCAAGCGCGUGUGUGCGAGGGUCGAUGGCCAAGAUGGCAUCGCACUGAUACAAUCCACGUUCGUUGCUCUAUCUCCCUUCCUCGCUGCAGGCGAUUAUUAGCGCGCUAAUAAGUGGUGGAUUGUGUACCUGAAUUAACGUUGCCGCGGCUACUCUUCGCGCAUCGAUCGACGUCCUAGCGAAGGCUCGUCGGCUGCUACUUACAAGUAUAACAUUGUCUGCUCGAGAAAUUGAACUGGUGCAGUUUAUACCUUCCGAAGAGACGCCAUAAUUGCUGGACUGCGGCUGCAGGUAGACGCGGCCGAAGAUUGAAUUGUACAUACCCUACUACGAUGCAGUUGGGAAUUGUUGUCUAAUCAGGGAAAAUUGGACGAGACGGAGUUGAUCUGUGUAUGCAUUCAGUAUAGUGUACACAAGAGGAGUAUAAUCGUCGUACUCGAGGCAACGAUCGGAAUAAUUGAAUCGCCGUCACAUAUCGUUUUUAAGAUACAUAUGGAAAAAGUACAUUGGAACAACCUUGCACCGUCAUUUAUUCAAAACAUUAAAUAGUAUACAGCAUAGUCUAAAACAAUGAAGACGGGUCAAGUGAGUAAAAAUAGACGAAUCUCAAGUAUAUUUUCGAACGCGACCUUGUGAAGAUAAUAAAGCUUCCAUCCACGUCGUCGGGGCGACGUCAAACACAGCAAUAAAUAUAACGCAUCUAGUCAGUAUUUCGUAAAAGCAAUUAAACGACUCAUCGAUAGCGAUUUGUGAUACAUAUUUGUAUAGAUAUAGUUCUUUGUAAAUACGCACGAGCGUGCCGAGCCGAUCAGAGAAGGAGGCUGCGGUUGCAAAGAGAUUUUGACGACUUUUACAGUGAUCAAUGGUGCCUAAUAAUAACUGAAUAGCAUAAGAAGGAUGUUUCGGUACAUUUGGUCCCUGAUCAGCUGGUACCUGCGGCCAUUCAUCAAAUGGAUUCUGCGCCACACCACCCACAUGUGUGAGCUGCAGAGAAUAUGCUACGGCGAGCCUUCCGGAGCACCUCGAACCUACGCCGUCGAGUACUCCCUGAGGCUUUCUCGGAACCCCGACAUCAAGUCUCUGCUCUCGUACCUGGACGACAUCGCGAAUCAGCGGGGGAUAACCGUGAGGUCCGAGCGGGUAAUGUUGGAGGAGGCCAUCAGGACUGUGCUGAUAACGAAGAAGAUCAACCCCACAGCCCAUCCGGACUUUGCCAAGGCGUUCGGCAAAUGCGUCGAGCUGAUCUGGGGCUACAGGCAGCUCUGCGUCGAGUGCGAGGAGCUGAGGCAGACGCCUUACGACUCGGAAAACCAGGCGCACGAGGGUCUGCUGCUGAAGCUCUGGGACCUGCUGAUGCCGUACGACCCGCUUGAGGCGAGGAUCACCAAGCAGUGGCAGGACAUCGGCUUCCAAGGCGACGACCCCAAGACCGACUUCCGCGGCAUGGGCAUGCUCGGACUGGAGAAUCUGGUUUACUUCGCCAAGGAGUAUCCCAGUGCCGCGACCCACGUGCUCUCGCAUUCGAUGCAUCCGAGGUAUGGUUACGCCUUUGCCAUCGUCGGCAUCAAUUUGACGAGUAUGGCUCUGAGACUUCUCAAGGAUGGAUCGGCCAAGACGCAUAUUUACAAUUCCUCGAAAACUCUACCAUCGAUUCGUGCCUUUCAUCAGUUCUACUGUUACCUCUUCUACGAGUUUGAUGGAUUCUGGAUCGAAUCCAAACCUAGCAAUAUUAUGGAGUUCUCUUCCAUCCAGGAAAAAUUCGAGAACAAUAUCAGAAUGGCCCUUGCCAAUCCCUCGACUGUUUUUAGGAUAAAUUUAUCAGUCGACAAUAUUUAGCAUAAGUGCGAGGAUUGCGUUUGAGGCGAUUGCAACGAUAUUACUUUUCGUGAAAUAUUUCUGACAAUUGGCCUUUUUACAAGAUAUUCUUGUUUUCAUCUUUUUUUACUUCAAAAUACUUUAAGCUUAUGAUGAUCUCUUUCAAAUAGGGAAAAUUCGAAGAGAAAUUCGAUAUUUUAUCUAUAUACGAGUGUGGCACAAUUUUGAAAGUUAUUUUCUUUACCGAUUUUUAUGUGUAAAUAUUGAUGUGCAAGGGUAUGAAGUGUACGAGACGCUUGUUGUGUGUGGUGCUCGAUUUUAAUACAUAUUACGCAUAGUGUGUCUUGUCAUGUGAUAUAAUUUUGCCGCUGCUAUGAGCUCUGAGAAUUUAAUUUAAAGUUCCAAGACUUAAUGAAUACCUCUGACAGCAUUCCUAUAUUUUUUACAAAUUCGGGAUGCACAAUAUUACAAAAUAGUGUUAUUUCUUUGAUCAUUGUCAUUGUACAAAAAUCAAGAUUACAUUUUAGAAAGAAAGAAGUGUAGUAACUUAAAGUGUAGAUGUACAAAGAAAAUAUUCAAUUUAUUGCAAAAGUCAUAGAAAACUAAGGGUAUUAAUUGCUGUUGGCCUAUAGAUUAGCAAGAACUCUUUUAAGAAACUCUAUUUUAUUGUAUCAAAUAUAAAACUGAAAUAGUUCUUAAAAACAUGUUUGUAUGGUCACUCUGUUUACACAUAUAUACAUUUUGCUGCUGAAGAUAUCUAAUCACUUAUUUGUUCUUCUUCUGCGGUGCUUCAGCCUUCUUUCUUAAUUUACUAGCGACUGUCACAAUUACCAACACACCAACAGUGAUACUACCGAGUUUCAUUAUCCAAGGAUUAUCCUUUAA